CCUCCUCCUUUCCUCCCUCCUUCCCUCUUGCAAGAGGUGGGAAAAAGAAGCUGUGAGCCUUUUGUGACUCAUUACUGCUUUCCGGAAUCAGCUUGUUUCCAGCUUCGAGUUGUCAUUUGAUGCCCGUUCUGCUGCCUGCAGAAACAUCUCGACAUCAAACUGUGUGUUUGGAGUACAGCAAGAAGCAAGCAUGUCCAAACCUGACUACUCUGGUACUUUUCAUAUGGUGGAACAGGAGAACAUGGACGCCUACCUCGCAGCUUUAGACAUCAAUUUUGCUCUGAGGAAAAUCGUGUGUCUGCUGAAGCCCACCAAGGACAUCAGCCACGAUCCCGCCACAGGGACCAUGAAGAUCCGCACGCUCACCACCUUCAAGAACUUCAAUAUGGACUUUGUCAUCGGACAGGAGUUCACAGAAGACCUGGGCCCCGUCGACGGUCGGACGUGUCAGACCACCGUGAGCUGGGAAGGAGACAAGCUGGUUUGCGUACAGCGAGGGGAGAAGGAAGGCCGUGGUUGGACGCACUGGCUAGAUGGCGACAAGCUGCAUUUGGAGAUGAGAGUGCAAGGCGUCGUUGCCAAGCAAGUUUUCAAGAAGGCCAAUUGAAGUCUCUGACUACAGUGCACUCCAGCCCGCGAAUAGCAAAUUUCCACAAUGAACUGACUCUCCCUUGAAAGUGAUCAUUGCCUAUAUUCAUAGCUUAAACCAACAAUAUACAACAAACUAUGAUCCCAAAACAAUGUAAUAUUAUUUCAAAUGCUUACAAACAUCUUCAAACAUUGCUGUAUCCAUAAAAAUCCAGUAAAAAGCUGACAGCCAAGCACACAGCCACACAAUGAACAGAGUCGGUACUCCCAGCGACGCACCUGCUCUUACAGAUUCUGCUGGUUUGGAUGCCAUGUUUAGUCCUAGUUUGGCAAAACUAUCGUGAGCCAAAGCGGACAAGGGCGCCGCCAUGUACGGUAUCCAUCCUCGCCCGCUAACUGUCAAACACAACUUUGCGAUUGGAUGAGCAUCACAAUUACAAACCGUUUUUAUGACCAACAGUAACUGUUCUUUGUCUUAACUAAAGAGACGCUUCAGAUAAGUAAAUAUCAUACACACGGUUGAAAUUAUUUUUUCAGUCUUUUUUUUUUUUUUUUUUAACCAUGUUACAGAAAAUCAUGUUUUUAUCCACAAAUAACAGAGAAUGUGUGGCUCCAACUACCGGAGACAAAUUCCUUGUGUGUUUUUUGGACAUACUUGGCAAAAUAAAGAUGAUUCUGAUUCUGA